UUCUUGGAGGACAUGGAUUCUUCUUCCAAACAAUAUCCUGUCAAAAAACGGGUGAAAAUUCAUCCCAACACAGUGACGGUGAAAUAUACUUCCCAUUAUCCUCAACCUGGAGAAGCGGAUUUUGAAGAAAUGAGUGAAGACUUUGAAAGCUUUGUGGAGGACAACCCAAAGAAAAGGCUGCUCAGCGAUGUGAAAAGGAAAGGAAGAACCUUCUUUGGGACUAUAGAUAUCCAGCCUUCAGCAGCACAAGAGCUGAAAACCAGUGAGACUGGACAACUGCAAAAUUUUGCUGAAGGAGGCCUAUUCCAGGAUAGAAAGACUUGGAUAGUGCUGUUUGGAUCUGCCUUAGCGCAUGGAUGCGUCGCUCUAAUAACUAGACUUGUUUCUGAUCGUUCCAAAGUGCCAUCCCUAGAACUCAUUUUCAUUCGCUCAGUGUUACAGGUGCUGUCUGUCAUAGUUGUGUGUUAUUACCACGAGGCCCCUUUUGGUCCAACGGGAUACAGAUUGCGGCUCUUCUUCUAUGGCGUGUGCAAUGUUAUCUCCAUAACCUGCGCUUACACCUCCUUCACUAUCGUUCCCCCAAGUAAUGGGACUAUUAUGUGGAGAGCUACCACUACUGUGUUUAGUGCCAUUUUGGCUUUUUUACUGAUAGAUGAACGAAUGGCUUACAUAGAUGUUGUUACAGUAGUUGGCAGUGUGUUUGGUGUCUGCCUGGUCAUGAUCCCCAACAUUGUUAAUGAAGAACACUCUUUACUCAGCAUCUGGAAGGAAGCUUUUGGCUAUACCAUGAUGGUUAUGGCAGGCUUAACGACGGCUCUCUCCAUGAUAGUCUACAGGUCAAUCAAUGACAAGGUCAGUAUGUGGACUGCACUGUUCACCUUUGGUUGGACUGGGACAGUGUGGGGAGCCUCCACCAUGUUUUUUCUUCAAGAGCCAAUCAUUCCACUGGAUGGAGAAACCUGGAGCUAUCUCACUGCCAUCUGCAUAUGUUCCACGAUGGCUUUUCUGGGGGUCUAUUAUGCCCUGAGUAAAUUCCACCCAGCUUUGGUCAGCACAGUGCAGCAUCUGGAGAUUGUGAUAGUGAUGGUUCUGCAGCUGGCGGUGCUACGCAUCUUUCCCAGUAUCUAUGACCUGCUAGGGGGAGCCAUCAUUAUGAUCAGUGUAUUUUUCCUUGCAUAUUAUAAGCUCUCCUGGAAGCACUUAGGAAGGCAGGAUUAUCAGGAGAUAAUAGAUUCUUCCAUUAAAUGAAUGCCAGUUUGUUGUUGUCUUUACAAUAACAGUUUCUGCACUGCCAUGUGAAAUUAUUGUUUCCUUAUCAGUGUCUUUUAUACUGUGCCGUAGACCAAGUGCUGUCUUUCUAGUUCAAAUAUAAUGGGCCAAAUUCAUACUUGAUAUAACUAUGUUGCCAUCCUUGGAUCUAUGUUGCUAUCCAUCUGGUUCUAAUAGAGUUGCACCAGGAGGAAAUUUGUUGUAGUGCGUAAGAUCAUUUAAAAAUGUUCAACAUGCAAACAAAGUUUUAUUCUCAGCUGGUUCGUAGUAAGCGUUAAAAUUAAGUAUAGAGAACUCUGUUAUGGGUGACCUUCCAUUCUAGCCAUUCUUGCAUAGAAAAAAUAUUGAGAUAGUAGGAUUUAAUGUUGUUCAUCAUUCUUGGGUGCUGCACCUGUAGAAUAUGUGGCGGUGAAAUGAAAUUCAGAUAUCAACUUUCACCACUGAGGCAGGAAGUUUGUGUUUCAUGGUAACUUAUACAAUACUUGAUUGUAAUAUUUUAAAGCUAAGAAUUUUAACAUGUACAUGGUUAUAAUGAUCACUUACAUUCUUUACGUAACUGCAAGGAGAAGAGUCAAUAAAGUGGUGUUCUUUGUG